CAACGAAGUUUCAUUACUGUUAUAUUGUGGCUGGGAAGCACCCAGAUGACAUUCCUCUGAGCAGCUUAUCUUUAUCUUCUUUACACAUCAACAGGCCACACACACAGACCUCAUCUCUCUCUCUCUCUCUCUCACAUAUUUUAUUUUAUACUGUUUCUACUCGUAGAGAAAAUAUUAUUCGCACGAAUUUGGUUGCUGCUAUUCCCUUGCUGAGUUUCCUCACUCAACCAUAACCAUAUAGCCACAUCAACCAUAACUAUAUAGCCACAUUGCUACUGGUCCCAACUAUCCUUACAUCCAGAAUUUGACACUAUGGCCAAUUAUCUGAAAGCCUUAUAAACUCUUAUAUUCCAAAAAUUUUCCCAUACCAAGAUAUCAUAACUAAAUGUCACUUAGACUCCCCUCCAUGUCUGUACUUCCCUCUUGUUGCUACCGCCUGAAGAUUUAUAGUUUGAAAUCCAAGGGAGAUUCUUCUCUAAAUCCAUGCUUCCCCCUUGUUCAUUACAAAGUUCUAUGGAGUUUCACUGAAAACAGACAUUCAUUUGUCAGAGGGAAACCACAUGGUACUUUAAUGUCUUCCACAAGAGAUUGCAUAAAUACUAAUAAUCAGUCAACUGAAGAAAAAUCUGUAUCUUUUGAUUGGGGGGACCAAGGGCUAGAAGGGAUUGAAGACAUGGGGUCACCAUGGGAAGGGGCAGUUAUUUACAAGAGAAACCCGAUUUGGCAUGUGGAGUACUGCACAACCUUAGAGAGGCUUGGAUUAGGAGAGCAUUCGACUAAAAUCUCCAAGUCUAGGGCUUCAGUUAUGGGUUUACGGGUUACAAAAGCUGUAAAAGAUUAUCCAGAUGGAACACCUGUUCUGAUCUCCAUUGACAUAUCAAGGAAGAAGCAAAAGUUGAGGCUUGAUGGGAUCAUUAAAACUGUCCUUACUCUUGGCUGCAAUAGGUGUGGUGAGCCUGCUGCUGAGUGUGUAUUCUCCAACUUCUCACUAUUACUAACUGAAGAACCCAUUAAAGAACCGGAGAUUAUCACCAUGGGAGUGAUCUUUGGAGAUGGAAAAGCCAAAACAUUUUCUGGAAGCGAGGAAGGAGAGGAAGAUGAUGAAGCCUCAAUCGAUUUGGAUGACUGGCUGUAUUUUCCUCCUGAGGAAAAAGAAAUUGACAUUUCAAAGAACAUAAGGGACAUGUUGCAUGUGGAAAUUACCAUUAAUGCAAUUUGUGAUCCGAGAUGCAAAGGUUUGUGUCUUAUCUGUGGUACAAAUUUAAACACUAGUAGUUGUAAUUGUAACAAACAGAAAGUGAAGAGUGGUCCUCUUGGAAAUUUAAAAAAGCACAUGCAGCGUAAAUAAUGUCAUAUUAAAUGAUAGAGUCCCAUUAGAACUUCAUUUAUUGUCUCGUGUUUUCUUCUUACAUAAUAUGGUGUAAAGUAUUACCCGACAUUUUUAGUGAAAAAUUAGUGAUCAGGGUAUUUAUUCCAUAUUGUUAUUUGAA